AUGUCCAGGGUAUUCGAAGUCCCCAUCAGUCAUGGGGCAAGUGCUCGUAUCAAUAUCUCCGAGCCUGCUCUACGAGCCUUGGGUCUCAGUCUAUGUACCUGGACCUCUUCUUUCGUGCUCGCCAGCUUACUUCACAAGCUUGAGCUCCACCCGGUGAGGUCAAGUACCCUUCCGGUACUGGAACUUGGAGCUGGCACUGGGCUCGUCGGGCUGACUGCAGCCACGCUUUGGAGGGUACCGGUAGUGUUGACAGACUUACCACCCAUUGUGGCAGGCCUUGCUGGAAACAUCAACCUCAACUCCAAUGUAGUGGAAGACCUUGUGCAAUGCGGCUCUUUGGACUGGACUUCGCCAGAUAUUCUCGAAUUACAGAGCGGAAAAACCUACACUGCAGAAAAGGACAAAGCGAUGGUGAUCUUGGCCGCCGAUGUUGUCUAUUCCGAAGAACAUCCGGAGCUCCUUUCUCAGACGAUCCUCCGAUGGCUAGCUGAUGGGCCAGCUUCUCGAGCGGUGGUUGCUUAUCCUCUGCGUGUGGCUUACCUGGAUCAAAUCCGGGAAUUGUGGGAGCUAUUGGAAGCUGGAGGUCUCGAGGCCAUCGAAGAAGGCCGAGAACAAGCCAGCACCAAAGAUUGGGAUGAUGAAUGUCUCAUAGAGUUUUGUGUUUGGAGAUGGAAGUCGAGCAACGGACCGCGAAGAGCGCCUUAA